GCAUCCAUUACAUCCAGCAUAUUUCAAAUUGAAACAAUAAUAAAAGUCGUGCAUAAAACACCUAUGGCAAAUAUCAAUUGCCAAUGCUAUUAAACCAAAGGCAUGUUGGCUUGCAAAUAUAUAUAUAUAUAAACAAGGAAAUAAUUCUAAGGCGAAAUUUUCUUUAAUUAUAUGAUUUACUAAAAUAGUGCUUAGUUCUCACUGGCCUGUGAUCCCGUCCAUCGUUUGAGCACAGAUCCCGAGGAAGGAUCAGACGGUGGAACGUACCCAUAUAAGAACCCUCCAUUGCCUUCUCUCUCCUUCCCUUCCGCUUUGUCACCUCCUCCGCCCCUUCUCGCCUUUUUCAUCUCUUCUUCUUAUGGCUUCCGUUCCAAACCUUCUCCUCUUCGUCUCGCUGGCUCCUAGCCCUAGAUUCUACACGGCUCUGCUUCCACUCUAAUACUCAACCGUACCCUCUCUCUGGCUUUGGAUUUACUCGUUUUUGUUUGGUUCUGUGAACAAGAUGAGUGGUCAGGAGGUUUUUAUAUUUGGUUCUUUUACUGAAGAGGAGUCAAGGUUCUUUCAAAACCAAUCUGCUAUGACCAAUGUCGACCAGACAGAAAAGAUAUGUUUGCAAUUUGGUUCUUUGAGCUUCGCGUUUGAAAGCACAGUGAAAGGCUCUAGUGCUAAGGCGGAUGAUAAAGCUGACAUUACCCAAGCAUGUGAGCUGGUUGCAAAGAGUAGUGCCUCCAAGAAUGGUACUGGGGCGAUAUCUAAAGCCUUACACAAAAUUCCACAAUCUAAAGUAAAUGAGAGUCCUAAUGGUUCCUUAUUCCAUACUGAUAUUAUUGAAAAAUUGAGAAGAAUACUUUUGAUACUAGUUCACCAAGUAUAUCUGGAUCUGAGAAUAAUACUACUAAUUUGA